ACGCCAGCGAUAAAUCACGUGGUCCACGAAAAGUCACAACCGCAAAAGACAUCUAAAGACGGAAUUUGAAAGGAGUAUGGUAUAACAGUAUAGUUACGUCAGAUUUAGAUAUUUUUUCCCAGUCAGCCUAUUACUUUUUGUCCGUUUUAGGGUUAGAAACUAAAUUGUAAUGUUGAGUUAUUUGACAGUAUACACAUAAGUCGAUUUAAUACAGGUUUCAAGAAUUUUGUUCCUCCGUGCCGCAUAUUUUGUACAAUGAAUAGUGUUGGGGAAGGCUGCACGGAUCUCAAGCGAGAAUAUGAUCAGUGUUUUAAUCGCUGGUUCGCAGAGAAAUUCCUGAAAGGAGACCGGAGCGGCGACCCUUGCACUGAGAUGUUCAAAAAAUAUCAAGUGUGCGUUCAGAAGGCCAUCAAGGACAAAGACAUCCCAAUCGAUGGUGUCGAAUUCAUGGGACCGAACAAGGAGAAGCCGGAAAGCUGAUGGAUUCUAUGAUUAUGUUUCUUUCACCUGGGCUUCUUAUACCAUCAAUGGAAAGAAGUGGGUUGAGGUGGGGCAGGUUGAGACUGAUGUCAUCAUGGACAUUUAAUUCAUAUCCAGGAAACUGUGAUUGUAAUCCCUGGGGAAUUCUGAAGUUCUGAUCAUUCUAAAAUGCAUUUUAAAACCAAAAAGAGAGUGUCCUGGACUGACUGUUUGUGCCGUAUGUAUAUGGAUGAGAGGAUUGGGUAAUUCGGUGCAUUCAUGACAGUUCAGAAACCUGGUGCCAUGAAAAAAAAUUCUGGGACUUUGGGCCACUGGCUUGUUCCUCCCCUCUCGGAAUCAGGGCCUGGUUCAUCCAGCUCGUAGUAGUUUCGGCAAGUGUGAUUGACCGAUUAGCUUUUAUGGAUUCAUGGUGCAGAAGGAUAAUAUUGAAACCGUGUAUUUCUGUGAUAUCUUUUGAAAAUUGUUUUAAAGGCACAUUUCUACCCUUUUUUCUUGUUAUAUUGCAUCUGGACUCCUGCUGUUUUUAAAAAAUAUAUAUAUAUUAAUUUACCUUUUCCAUUCAGAUCUGUUACACUUGGUUGUGUUUUACUAUUAUCCCCUGGAUUCUGUUUAGGUUGUCCUCCCAUAAGAGAAAAUAUUUGAGGCUGGACUUUUUUUUUUACUUUGUAUUUUGUGUCAGUGGGAGCAUUUUCAUUUGGAGUCAUGCAGAUAAAACAAUAAACUUGAAAACCAAA